AUGGAAGCGAGGAAGCAAGAAAGGAAUGGAGCGAGAAAGGAAGGAGGCGAGGAAAAAAACGAAAGAAGCGAGGAAGCAAGGGAUGAGGAAAGAAGGAAGCGAGGAAGGAUGGAAAGAAGAAAGCGAGGAAGCAAGGAAGAAAGCGAGGAAGCAUGGAAGGAGGGAAUGAAGCAAGGAAGGAAGGAAGAAAGGAAGGAAGUGAGGAAGAAAUUUGUGAAGGAAGCGAGGAAGCAAAGAAGGGGGAAAGAAGGGAGCGAGGAAGGAAAAAAGCAAGGAAGGAAGGAGGGAAACGAGGAAAGAAGGAAGCGAGGAAGCAAGGAAGGAAUGAAGCGAGGAAGGAAUGAAGCGAGGAAGCAAGUACGCGAGGAAGCAAAGAAGGAAGGAAGCAAGGAAGGAAACGAGAAAGCGAUGAGGAAAGAAAGCGAGGAAGCAAGGAAGGAAGGAACUGAGGAAGAAAGAAAGGACGGAAGCGAAGGAACAAGGAAGGAACGAUUCGAGGAAGCAAGGAAGGAAGGAACUGAGGAAGCAAGGAAGGAAGCAAGGAAGGGAACGAGGAAGAAAGGAAGCCAGGAAGCAAAGAAGGAAGGAAACGAUGAAUCAAGGAAGGAAGGAAGCAAGCAAAGACGCAAGAAAGGAAAGAAGGAAAAAGCAAGGAAGGAAGUAAGUAAGGAAAGAAAGAAGAAGGCGAGAAAGCAAGGAAGCAAGGAGGGAAGGAGGGAAUGAAGCGACAAAAGAACAA